AAAGAGCUUAAAUCAGAAACACUCAGUCGUUAUUGGCUACAUUGUUUAUACUAGUAGUACGUACUUUUCACUGUAAGAAUGGACUUAUUCAUUAGUUUGAAGAGGAGCACCGUGUUUAUUGUUUUCAGUGUAAUACUACAAUCAACUACAACUACCGGUUGGACUCAUAUUCCUUUUGGCAUUCUAUUGGAUGCUAGUUUGGAACCCGAAUCGAAAACAGCCAUGAUGUUUGCUCUUUCUCUCCACAACAGCAAGAAACAAAAUGAACCAAAGCUCCAGAUGCUGUUCGAUGACUAUAACACAGAGAACACUUUUGAAUUUGUGAAAAAAGUAUGUAAACAAAUGUCAACUGGUAUAUUUCUACUCUACGGCUCCAUGUCAUUCCGAACCUUCCACGUCUGCCAGAGUUACAGCCAUCUUUUUCAUCUUCCUUACAUCACAAACUAUUUUCCAGGGAUGAGCCUGACAGAAGUUAAAGGGAGAUUAUUGUUUCUCAAACCAGACUAUAUUAGUGCCCUUGCUGAGUUGAUCAUGACACUAGGGUGGAAACAGUUCACCUAUAUGUACGAUCAUUUAGAUGGAGUUCAAAGAGCUGAGACUAUCAAGACCAAACUUUCUGAUGUAAAGGUUGUUAUGAUGCAGCUCCUACAGGUGUAUAGCGCCCAUGAGGAUCUGAGACUUGCAGAUAUGGGCAAGAAAGACCAGGAGACAUUCAUCCUUCUGGAUGUCUCCAACUGGACUGCCUACAGCGCAAUUGUCAAGCAGAUUGCUGAGGUUGGAAUGAAUCGUGAAGGCUACAAUUAUAUACUUGCAACACUGGAUAUUGCUACAUUAGAUCUGUUCCAGCUGCAGCAAGGGGGAGCUAAUGUAAUAGGAUUUCAGGCUGUAGAUUUUGAUGAUGAUCAUGUGAAGGAAUUCCAAAGCCAAUGGAAGUCCUUGGAGCCAACACUAUGGCCAGUUGCUGGGAGUGAUAGAUUAACAUCUGAAGUUGCAUUCUCCUUGGAUGUGGUUGAAUUAAUAAAGCGAGCCAUUUCAAAACUAUUGCUCUCUAGGCCUGACAUCUUUCAGUACACUUUCAGAAGGGGUAACAUCUACAAUACGAAUUUCACUGUGGGGAUCCAAUGCAAUCAUCGACCCAUACAACCCUGGAUGCAUGGCAACAGUUUGUAUGAUGCAUUGAGAGAGGUUAGUUUUCAAGGUUAUAGUGGCCACAUACUAUUCGACAUUCAUGGCAGACGCCAAAAUUACAGCAUAGAUGUUUUGUCCUUGACGUCUGGAUCAAGUCUUAGAAAGAUUGGUCAAUGGCAUUCAUUGUCUGGUUUAUGGUUAGACAGAGAGGAAAAAGUAAAAGAUCAAGUGAGACCUGACAUGAGAGACAACAGAACAGUUAUAAUCUCCACACUUCAAGUACCUUUUCUGAUGCUUAGGACAAGUCCCACAAUGGAUGGAGUGCCUUUAGUAGAUAAUAACAGAUUUGAAGGUUAUUCAAAGGAUCUUGCAGAUGCAAUUAGCCAACACUUAGAUUUCCAGUAUGUCUUAAAAAUCAUUGAGAAUAAUGAACAUGGCAGAGAUCUAGGGAAUGGCUCAUGGACUGGAAUUAUUGGCAGAUUAAUUGACAAGACUGCAGAUAUGGCUAUAGGACCAUUAAGUAUCACACUGGAGAGAGAGAAAGUGGUGGAUUUUUCCAUGUCUUUCAUGAAGAGUGGCAUCUCUGCAUUGCUGCAACAGCCUGCCAAAGUGAGGCCAAACAUGUUCUCAUUCAUGGAACCCUUCUCUCUAGCCCUAUGGCUGAGUAUCCUGUUGGUUAGCAUUGUCGUCAGUCUGACUCUAUUUGUAGUCUGUUGUCUUGUGGCUGACCCUAAUGAGACUUCAAGUAACAUUAAUCCAAGACUAACUUUAACAGAUUCAUUUUGGUUUGUUGUCAGCUCAAUAUUAUCACAAGGCAGUGACAUUGUCUUGAGGUCACCAGCUAGCCGUAUUGUCGGUGGUAUUUUGUGGUUUUUCACUUUGAUCCUGUUGCUAUCAUACACAGCUAACUUGGCUGCUUUCUUAACUGUAGAGAGAAUACGUCGACCAAUCAAAUGUGUGGAAGACCUUCUCCAGCAGAAUGAAGUCUUCUUUGGAACAAAGGAAACUGGAUUCCCAAGAGACUUUUUGGAGUCCACCAAUAUUGCAAGCUAUCAGCAGAUUUGGAAAACAAUGACAGACUCCUAUAACAAAGUGAUGGUCAAGACUGAUGAUGAAGGUUUACAGCGUGUUCAGAGUUCAGGUGGAAAAUAUGCUCUCUUACUGGAGUCUUCACUGGCAGAAUACUACAACAACAGAAAGCCCUGUAGUACCAUUGAAAUAAAGUCCAGCUUCAGCCACAAAGGUUUUGGAAUAGCUACUCAGCUCAGAUCAGUUCUUACGAAAGAAAUUAAUUUUGCAAUUAUGCAUUUAAAAGAAGAUGGAACUCUUCAAAGAUUGAAACAAGUUUGGUGGGAUGAAAAAAAUGAAUGUUUUAAGAAGAAAUCUUCAAAGGACUCCAACACACAUUCUCUGGAACUUACAAGUGUUUUGGGAAUAUUUCUUAUUUUAAUUCUAGGAUUGUGUAUUUCUAUGUGUGUGGUUAUCAUAGAGACAAUAUUUCAAAAGAAAGAUGGGAAAGAACUCAAUGAAAAGAAAUUAAACAUUCUACUAAAAUAUGGAAAAAUAGUGAAGUUCAAACCACUGUUUGCAAAAUAAAAUUAUAGUUACCAAUAGGAUGUCUCUGUUAGCAUGGAAGGGGUUGCCUGAAUCAGCCAGGAAAACCAAUAACUCAAUAAAGUUUAAGUCUCUACUUAACUUGCAUGACUAGACACAGAUAGAUGUUGGGUGAUAUUUGCUUCUUCUUUAAAGGAAUGACUCUAAAAUUAUGAGUAUUCCAUAAAAAUUACAUGUGUGAUUUGUUUUUUUAUGAGGAAUUCUAUUCUUUGCUUAUUUAUUAUCUGACAUCUUGUUAUGGAGUGUGUGUGUUUGUUUCUAUGGUGACAGUGGAAAGAUGUUAGCAAUUGGUUGCAAAUGAUGCACGAUAGAAGGCGAUUGGUCUUAGUUACGACUAGUUAUGACCUAGGAUUCCAGUACAUGAGACUGAAUGGAUGAGUUAUUGUAGUGAGUUAGAUUUUGAUCCAAAUACCUUUUAUAUUAUUACUGAAGUCUACUAUAUUAAUUGAAUUUCAUCACAAGUUAUUUUGUAUUAUAACAAAAGUAAUAUUUAUUAUCACAGAAGAAGUAAAAGAAGUUAUUCAAGUUAUUUCAAGUUUAACAAGUUAAGAUAUAAUACGCCUACAGCAGUUUAAAUACAGUGAAUUAGUGAGUAGAAAAUAAAAAAAAAAAAAAAGCUUAUAUGUGUAAUUGUAAUUGCAAAGUGUAACUGUUGCCAUGAGUAGUUUGGACAGUUGAGUUUUUUCUCUCUACUUGAGCUUCUUUUCUCUCUACUCGUAAGCCUUGUACUUUUGAGUGCCUUGUAGUUUUGUUUUUGAUUAGUUCAAUACAUCACAAAGCCCCGUGAUGUUUAGUGGACAUUCUUUGUGCAUAAGGCAGUUCACCUUCUGUUCUGAAGUUGCUUUUGUCUGUACAAGAUUCUAAGUUUGGUGAAACUAGUGGGCAGCUUUUGUACUAUUUUCUUGGAUGUAAUAUUUCUAUAGGAGUUUUGGACGCCUGUUUAGGGUGAGUUUCUGUUUGUUACAUCUCUAUUUCUAGAAGGUUGUAGUUACUGUUUCUAGUCUUAGAUUUUUUUUUAAUUUUGUAUAGGGUGCUUGUGUUGUCAUUGUAUUACUGUGAGCCAAAGUUGUGGCUGAUGGCAGAUACUGAAGUCAUAGAUUUGUAGUAAAUUUAGAUGGUUAAACUACAAGGUGUGAAUUGGUUGUUACAACCUUUGUUUAUUUAUCAAGAUUUGAUAACAUCACCAGUAUUUGUUUUUAUUAGUCAUACUUUAAAUCAGGGGUCUCAAACUCAUUUCAGUAUGUAGGCCACAGUGGAAAGUAACAACCAUUCAGCGGGCCACACCACAAAAAGAUAAUGUUUUUACAUUAAAUUGUACGAACACUACUGUCACUGCAGUUAAAUGCUAAAAUAAAGUUUUUAUAAUUUUAAUUACAUUUAGUAUAGUUUAUUACAUGCACAGACAGUUUAGUUUACUAAAAUAAGUUGACAUUGUCUCUGUCACUAAUUAAAAAGCAGAAACUGUAGUUUCCCCCCAAAAAACAACUAUAAUUACUAGGCCUACUGCAGAUGGCUCGUCACUAUGUUUCUGUCCACUCAGCUGAGAGUGUUUGGCAGAGACCAGACUAUCGACGUUAGGCCUGAAGUCGCGUGUAGUGGCAAGCCGCAAGGUCGCUCUCAGAUGCUCACCAAUCAGUCUUGAUCGUAAUGCUGUUUUUUUAUCUUCAAUCUGGAAACAACUGUUCGCAAAAGUACGUGCUCGCAAACAUCGCUAGAAUUCUAGCAGCUGCGCAGAAUAAGUGUGGAAACUUCUCUGGGAAGAAACUGACGUUUUCACUUCAACUGCGAACGGAGUGGCAACAAGGAAAAACUGUGGUUCGAGAGCAGUGAAUUGAUGAAAGCGGGGUUCAAAAUCUUCCAGUAGUCUGGAGAGGAUGUUUACGUAGUCUUUCAGGCGCUGUGGUUCAACCGUUAAGCUCUGUAGAAAAGAGAAAUGAGCCAGGUUUCUAUCUGCCAGCUGAGUGGCCCACAAAUUCAUCUUGUUUCUUAAUGAUUUGAUGCGGUGAAACAUCACGGUAAUCAGCUGCUUUGUGUCCUGUAGUUGUGAAUUGAGUGCAUUGAGAUGUUGCGUGAUGUCAGUAAGAAAAGCAAGAUCCGACAAAACAUUGGGUCACUGAGCUUAGGUAUGUCAUAAACAAUUUCCCAUCUCAGUUCAAAAAUCUCUGCAGCACUUUUCCACGAUUCAACCAUCUGACUUCCGUAUGAUAAAGCAACUCUCCGUAUUCCGUUUCUAAAUCAGCUAGAAAACUGUCUGUGGUUGAGACCCCGUGUACGUAUGAAGUUCACCGUCUUCACGACAACAUCCAUCACGUUCUUCAUUUGUAGACUUUUGCCACAGAGUGCUUCUUGGUGCAGACUGCAGUGUCUGGCUGCAAAAGGUCCCGCCAAGCUGAGCUGAUUCCGUUUCUCUACCAUUAUUCCAACAACACCAACCUUAUCUAAACACAUUGCUGGUGCACCGUCCGUAGCCACUGAAACAAGUUUUUUUCCCACGGUAGCCCACACCUGUCAAUACAAGCUUCCAGUUUUUGAAACACGUCGCGUCCAUUCGUCAUUCCUUUCAUGGUAGUAAGUCCAAUAACUCUUCAACAAUGUUCAAGUUUUCAUGGACCCCACGAAUGAAUACGGCACAGUAUGUGGUGUCUGUUACACCAGUAGACUCGUCCACUGUAAUGGAAUAUGCUACAAAGUCUUUUGCAGCGGCAAUCAGUUUCUGUUGAACAUUUGUCGCUGACUCGGCGAUCCUGCUUGCAACUGUGAUCGCAGACAAACUUAUGCCUUCGAAGAGUUUCAUUUUCUCGGGGUAGAUAAUUUCACACGUCUGUAGCAUACACAAUUUCAUAAAUAGGCCUUCAGUGAAUGGUCGUGAUGCCAUCUCGCUAACAACAAAGCUUGCCUUCACAGAAUCUUCGCUUGCAUUGAGGGGACACCUCAUUUACUGAUGUGUGCAGUUAUAUGUGGUCAUUGUAAAUUUUAUCAAUUUUUUGUUUGAAUUCGUGGACGUGGCUGCGGGCCACACAAAUUUGUUUCAUGUGGCCUGCAGGACACGUGUUUGAGACCCCUGCUUUAAAUAUUACCAUCACUUUCAUUGUCUACAUUAACUGUAAAUACCCAGUAUAUGAAAUAUUUUAUCUGUACAUCAAAUGAGUUAUCCAGUCAUUGUAUUGAUAGUCAUUUAUCACAUUAUUUUAGAUAAUGUCAGGGGCCUGGGAAAAUGAGCUUAGGCUUAAAAACAAAACCCUGACAAUUGUACCAAUUAGUUUGGAUCAGUCAUAUAAUUAAAUGUGUAAUAGGUCAAGGCAAACAAUAAUAAAUCUGUGCAAUAAGAAA